AUUUCCCAUGAUGCAGUGCGGAGAAGAGACCCGGCGGGGACAUUCAAAACGAUGGCAGAAGACUCGACUAUAGUUAAACUAACAUCAAACUCAGAAGACACGGGGGGACACAAGUCCAUUAUUAACAGCGGAGACAGCGAGGUAACGAGCUGUCUGACGUUGUCGUCAGAUGAAGAUGUUGUUGGCCCGCUGGAGGAAGCGAAUAAGACAAGUGAAGUCUUAACGUUACAAAGUGUUCCCGGCGACUUACAUUCAUAUGCGGAAGUAGCCGAACAACAACUGGACGUAGACACGUGUUUAAAGACGAAUAAUGCAACGGAACUGAAAGAUGCUUCACCUGAACAUCGAUUAAAUUCAAAACAGCAAAGUGUGGACAACGCUGUAGACAAGGAAAACACCGCUGUGCCCUCCACAGCCAGCACUCCAGACAACCCCCAAGAAGAGGAUACUUCUGGUCAGACAAGUUUGCAAGAUUCCAUUGUGUCUGCAAGUAAACAACUUCGUAACACAGAGGACAGUGAUUCCGAGGUAAAGAGAAGAGCGCAGGACGAAGGCCGUGUGAACGUGGUUUUCCCUGGCACCGUAACUCAGGAUGGCUGCUGCCGCUUCGUCAGCGAGAUCCUCAAGUGCGUUCUCUAUCAGAGACAGCAACUCCCCAUGACGUAUGACCAGCUGGUGUACUCCCAGAAGAAACAGCAAGCCUCAAUGCAGGAUAAAGACACAGUAAGUCGGAGGCCGGUAAAGGCUGCAGACAUGGACCGGCGCAAGUGUCAACAGACGCUUCAGGAGCUAGAGGAGGUGCUGCAGCAGCUGGAGGUGCUUUUUUCCCUUAGCAGGGUGCCCCGUGUGCUGCUGCUAAUGGGCGGCUCUCUCAACCUCCCCAAAGAGCUGUACGAGAUCAACAUGGAGGCUCUGGUAUUGGCCAGUGGAGAUCAAUGUCUGCGGGUGUCCUCAUGCUUGAGGCAACUCUUCCGCACUCUUUUUGUGGCUGACCUCUUGUCUGACAGCAGACCUGUUCGUUUAAUGCCCACAACAGUCUUGGCACUGGCUCACAGGAAUUGCGGUGUCAGUUGGUUUCGCCCUAAACUACAAUUUAAAGUGCCAACCCGUGUAAAGAACCAAAUUAUUGCUCUGUCUGCUGAUCCCAGCGCCUGUAAGGAACCAAGGGCACAGGAGUCAGACUGGCAGGAUUAUGUGUGGUUCCAGGCGCCCAUGACUAUCAAGGGCUUAGGCAACUAACCCAAAAAGUUGGAGAGCACAUAGUCUGAGAUUGGAGCUCUCUUUCUGGUGCCUGUAUACUACAAUUCCAUUUUAAUGGUGGUUCAAAUUAAUUUUUAACUUCAAUUUUGAAUUGAGCUGUUCAUAUUUUAAUAAAUUAUGAGUUAAAUUUUUCUACUUGUGAUUAAAAGUACAUCACUUAAACAAUAUUGACACAAGCAGUAUGGUGUAUUUUUCUUUUUUUCUUCUGAAAUACUGAGAGAAUGUGUUCUGGAGAGGCUUUGUUAUCAUAAAAUCUGUUUGGGAACUUGUGUAUUAUUGUUUAUAUUUAUGAAGAAUGUUUUACAUGUUUUGCAUAAAAUAACACUCAUUUUUAAGAAUGUUAACCAGAAAAACACACAUAAUAUUGGUGCAAUAUAUUUUUAAUGAGCAUAACUUGAAAGGUUUAGUGCAUUAUAUUGCUUUCUUGAAUACAAUCUUUGGAUACAUUUGAGUGCCAGUAUCUGUGUAUAUGUUUACAUUUAUUAAAAACCUGAAAAAGA